AUGGCCAAGACGAAUAGCUCCUCCUUGAAAGAACAAGAGAUUGAGCUCAAAGACUUAAAAGCGGAAGCUCAAGAUUCCAAACAUAACACACAACUGAGGGAUUCCGAGCAAGCCUCAUCAUCACCUGCAAAACAAGAAUCGGGAUGGCAGAAGAAUAUUCCCUCAUUGGAUACAACCACGAAAAGGCAAAAGAAAUGGCCUUGCUCUCGAAUCAUGAAAUGCUGCUUGAUAGGAAUUGUUGUAGGACUGGUUCUUCUCUUGGCCAUCGUUAUUGGGGUUUUUAUUAUUGCGUGGUUCAGCGCGGGAGCCUUUCUUUAUGAUUUUGCCUUUCGUGUGGAUCCACUUGUUGAUUGUGAUGCCACCAUGCGAACGAAUCGACCAUGGAAUUAUACUGCUGACGAAAUGAUUUCAACCUGUACAGGCAAUAACUUUACCAUCUUUAAUGCCAGUGAAAGAUUUGGGCCAUAUUACAUUAAUUCUUCUGCUCAAUACGAAACCGUCACAUUCAAAUCGAGAGACCCCGAAUGGAUCUCUCAAGGAGGUGGAAAAAUUCGUGGAACGUUGGUGCUGCAGCCUGUCGUGAAUGAAACAAGUCGUUUUGUAAUUAUCGUUCAUGGAAUUCGUGCAUGCCGAUUCACUUACGCCUCAGUGGAACCUGCCAGCAUGCUCUAUCAAAUGGGUUACAAUGUUUUCAUGAUCGAUUUGAGGAAUCAUGGUGACUCGGACUCAUAUAGGGCAAAUCCAUAUGGAUCCUUCGGAUUGUACGAGCAUCGUGACGUUCUUGGAGCGUUGGAUUAUCUUACUGAAAGAUUUGCCUUUCUGAACACAUCCACGCCAAAUGUCUCUCUGUUUGGAAGUAGCAUGGGAGGAAGUACAGUCUUAGUGAGUUUUCAAGUGGAAAAACGAUUCAGAGCAGUUUUUACUGAUUCUGCUGCUUGUAAUGUUUACCAAACCAUAUUCACAAAUGCCGUUGAAAUUGUUAGUUCUGAAGCUUUGGCAAAGAUUGCUUUUGCCACAGCCAUGAGUGUCGUGAAUGUAAAAGGAAAGAUGGGUUUCCCUCCAUUUAGUUUAGAUCCACAGACGUUGAUGGGUUCAGUCGACCUGUCUGGCCCACGAAAGAUGUUUCUUUUCCAAACCUCAAACGAUUUUAUUGUACCAGAUUUCAAUCUGCAACUCUGUGUCACUGCUGCUAAAGCUUCAGCCACACAGCAAGGUCUCAACCCAGACCAAAAAGUGCAGUCUUAUUUAGACACAGUUCAGUACCCUCCUCAUGUAAAAUUAUCCCGUCUUAAUUGUGCGAACCAUUUAGUAUCCAUAUACUUUUCUUGCUCUGGAGAAAAUGUUUGGUAUGCCAAUCAACAGCAACUUCCAAAGGAAACGAUUCUUGCUUUUAGGAGCAACAGUAUUUCUAUACUUUCUGCUUACAAGGAGCUAAAUGAAUCAAGGAAAAGACUUUUAGAUCAGAGAUAUAAUACUGAACUCAUCAAUGAAGUCCUUGAAAAUGCAAGAAAGAAAGGGACAGGUUUUAUUCUUCAAGAUGUUUCUGAAAAGGUGAAAGAAGCAUUAACCGAGUCUGUUGAAUUGAUUGCCCAGAACAUUGCAAUCCUUAAGAAACAUAAUAUAGCUCUUACUGAGCAAAAUGGUGCACUCAAGGAACUGGCUAAACCCCUUGCUGAGAGUGUUUCUCAACUUGAAACACUUCCGAACAUGAGAUGA